AUGAAGGACAACAUUAGAGGCAUGGGAUUAAUGAGGAAAGUGAUGGCAAAGUUGGCCUCUAACUCGAUGGCUCUUAAGGGGAAACUUCGGGCCAUUGAAACUCGUUUAAUCAUAUUCUACUUGUUGAGGGACAAGAAGGUUCUUUCUCUUGGCUCCAAUGUCUCUCACAAGCUCAAGAAUCAGAGUCGGCAUGAGAAAUACUUGAACCAGACUAAUGCAUUCGAUAACAAUACUAUGGUCCUUCAUAACAGCGUUAUCACAUCAACCAAUAGAGAGCAGUUGGCAAAAGCGCCAGAAGAAGAAGAAGUUAGCUUGAUGUGUCCUGUGUUAGAUGAUGUGAACAACAAGGAGGAAGAAAAAGAUUAUUCAAAUGCUGUGGACCGACAUGGAAAGCAGUUAAGACUAGAGGAUGAUGUCGACCUAAUGGCAGACUUGUUCAUUCAACGAUUCCACCAACAGAUGAGAUUGCAGAGGCUCAAUUCCUGA